UCUCCCAGUGCGAUUUUGCUAAGGUCUGUGAAGUUUUCUCAUUCUCAAAACUGUGGUGACUUAGAGUCAAAUUGGUGUCUUAUCUGGAAAAGUGGUUUCAUUUGUGGUGAUUUCAGAAAAUAAAAUGCAUGUAAAUAUUGUAGCUAUGGGUUUAUUUGAUAUUAUGCCUAAUUAGCUCUGAAAAUUGUGAAUUCUGUGGUGGUUAUUUUUCUGGGGGUUUGUAGAUUUCUAUUAUUUUUAUUGUCUUUCAAGAAUAAAUACGAUAUCAACAUAACACAUAUUUGGUGGCCGAGCUCUCAAGAACCUCAAAAAUAAGUACAGCUGUCUUGAGAUUUCGACUAUCUUCAAUGAAGAAAAUUCCACUUUAACGACUCUGAGACUUUCGAUUGAGCAAUAAAAUUGCCUUGGUGUCCCUUAGAUUACCUUCUCUUAAAGAACAGAAAUAAUCAAUCAGCAGAAUAAAGUGACUGAAAUAGUUCUGACUGGAAAGAAUUCUAGAACAUGACAGAACACAGUGGACGUUCUACGAUUGCAAGGUGGUGAUUUCUACGGAUUUUUGUUGGCAAUUGUGCGAAUUUAUCUACAUGUACAAUGUGGAAUGUGAAUUUUCUCCAUUCAGUUCUUAGAGAAUGAAAACAAGGUCAUUGUACGAUAUUGGAGUACCGUUUCAGCUGACAUGUGUCUAUUAUUAGGCUACAGGUAAAACAGAAAUACAAUAUUGAGUUGCUAUUAUGAGACUGUAGUAAAUAUUUUUGUUUGAGCUGCAUUUCGUUACAACCCACAGUCAACACCCUGUUCGUUGGGUUUGUGAAGAGAAAGAAACAGGAUACGUUUCGGUUCAUGAAGCUGUGUUGUACUUUACUGGGCCUUUGCUCUCAGUAUUCUGUAUAAUGUAUUGUCCUUCGUGACGUUACAUGGAGUGAUCAUAAGGAAUCACGGGUAAUCCCCUUCACGAAGCCGUUGUGACGUACCGUAUUCGUCAUAAUGACCAACGUUGAGGAAUUAUCGCCAUUCAGAAGCGAGAGUGGGCGGUCCAGAGAUGUGGCUGCCUAUGACGUACUUAUUGUCGAGGUCAAGGACAAUUUGUCGUCACAAACAGAUGGCCCCGCGAACAUGACGCAUCUGGCUUGGAAUGUGAGUGGAAAUAUCAGCUCUGGGGAUUCCUAUCUCUACGACUACGAGGCUGCGGAGUAUGAGGUCCCAUCGUAUGAGAUCAUACCUGUGGCUAUCGUCUACGGAGUCACCCUGCUCUUCGGAGUCAUCGGAAACAGCCUCGUCAUCUUCUCCGUAACACGGUAUCAACGCAUGCGCAGUAUCACCAACAUAUUUCUACUUAGCCUCGCAUCGGCGGAUCUCCUUUUAGUCUGCAUUUGCAUUCCAGUCAAGUUUGCAGCGUUUUUUACAUUCUCUUGGACAUUCGGCGCUCUACUGUGCAAGGGUGUCCACUACCUUCAGAAUGUAUCAUCAUUGUGUUCUGUCCUUACACUGACUACCAUGAGCCUAGAGAGGUACUACGCUAUCCGCCACCCUAUACGCGCCAAAUCUACGUGUACAGUGGGACGGGCCUGGCGAGCCACAUGCAUUCUAUGGGGAGUUUCUCUCGUGCUGGCUCUGCCCAUUGUGUUUCAGAGGAUCCACAAACUGGUCGGCGAACGUGUGAAGGCGUAUUGGUGCAUCAAGGACUGGGAGUCGACCAUGUACAGCCGGCUCUACGAGGUGUACUUACUGCUCCUCAUGCUGGUCAUUCCUCUGGUCAUUAUGACAUUUGCUUACGUCAGCAUCAUACGGGAGCUCUGGAUGAUGGCUUCGCUCAGGUCUACUAUGACCAGAAGUGGAGGUUCCAGUCCUGGCCAUCAGAGCAUCGCCAGCCUGUCCCCAGCAAGAAACAGUGAGAGAUCGCCCGUUAUUCGGACAAGUAACAGUGACGGGGAUGAGGACAAAACAAAGAAGCAGGUCAUCAAAAUGCUAGUAGCGGUCAUCCUCGUCUUCGUCAUCUGUUGGGCUCCUAUCCUCAUCAGUAACACCCUGACAGCCUUUGGGUACCUGCAUCAUCUCAAUUACGGCUACCUGAAGCCAAUGCGACAAGCAUUCUAUCUGAUGGCCUACGCCAACUCCUGCAUCAACCCAAUCAUCUACGGGUUCAUGUCACGUCACUUCCGGAACACAUUCUACCACGCCCUGUGCACGUGCUGGAAGUUGCCACGUCACACAAGGUCACGUGCCAUGCUGCAUCGCCAGGCCUCCUGGCAGAGUCGGUCGACGAACCUCCGAGACUUAGCGGAACUCGAGUUGACUUCUAUGGACGUCACAGGAUGUGGCAACUGCUCCAAAAGUAGCGUCUGACCUGAGAAUCGUAUAGACGUCAUUCCACUCUACUGUUAAACAAAAUGAUGUGCAUUUUGUCAUACAUUUUAUCCUUUAAGGAGACGGGUGCAAGCUUCUGGGGCUUUUUUCUUACCAUUCACGUUUGUGUGAAUUGAGUACCGCAUCAGCAUACAACAUACAGGCGUGCCGUCAAGAGACGAGAUAGCGUGCUAUCUCUUUCAAAGACAUGGUUUAGUAGCAACAUCGGGCCUGUUCUAUUUCAGGAUCAUUAUUAGGAAAACUGAAACUGUUUCUGUUCUCAUUGUAUGGGUUCUUUGUGUGCCUCUUGUGGGAUUCUCCACAUAACUGUGCGAUUUUGAAGCUCUCUUCUGUUUCAUUCAAUCCACGCUCUCACUUUGGAUGAUCUAAAGGUUGUUCACGCAAAGGAAUGUAGUCGGGUUGGCAAGAACAAAGCGUCCGCAUGUAUCCCACAAGUUCCUCAAUUUUCGGAUAUCAUAACGUAUUCCACUAUUUUGUGAUACACAGCAGGACAUAAUCUUUCACUGAGUGGUUUAGCAAUGACAGGCAGCCUGACUCCAAGAUUAUGAGACUAAAUAAUGGGGAUUCUCGAAUAACGUGUCCCAUGACUAGUUAGCCUUUUGUUGAAUUGGAAUAGCGGAGCUAAAAGUGGAAACAACUCUAAAAGCAGUGACUGAAUAAGAAGGGCAUUAUAAUUUCCAAA